AUGAGCGAGCAGCUAGAGAGAGCCGCGUCGCGGCCGCGGAUAGAGGACCUGGAGCGACCAGAGCUCGAUAAUCGCCAAUACCGGAUCAUUACACUACCGAACAAGCUGGAGGCGCUCCUGAUACACGAUCCAGAUACCGAUAAAGCAAGUGCUGCACUGGAUGUCAAUGUGGGAAGCUUUAGCGACGCCGAGGAUAUGCCAGGAAUAGCUCACGCUGUCGAGCAUCUCUUGUUUAUGGGAACAGAGAAGUACCCCCAAGAGAACGCGUACAACCAGUAUCUGAACUCUCAUGGCGGUUAUUCCAACGCGUACACGGCCGCCACCUCGACAAACUACUUUUUCGAGCUCGCAUAUAGAGCAACGCCGAACAGCAAGGCGCCUUCGCCCAACGCUACGCAAGAGUCUUUGCGCAUAGAUAAAGAGGAUUCGCCGCUCUGGGGUGCGCUCGACAGGUUCGGCCAGUUCUUCAUCUGCCCGCUGUUCUUGGAGGAUACAGUGGACCGCGAAAUCAAGGCGGUGGAUUCGGAGAACAAGAAGAACCUGCAAAACGACACCUGGCGGCUGCAUCAGCUUAGCAAGGCGCUUUCGAAUCCCGACCAUCCGUACAACCAUUUCUCAACUGGCAGCUGGAAGACCCUCCACGAUGAUCCCAUUGCACGAGGCGUCAAGAUAAGAGACGAGUUCAUCAAGUUCCACUCAACCCACUACUCCGCGAAUCGCAUGAAAUUGGUCGUUCUCGGCCGCGAAGACUUGGAUACAUUGGAGCAGUGGGUGGACGAGAUCUUCUCUCAGGUCCCUAACAAGGAUCUGCCGAAGAGGAGAUGGGAUGUUCCUGUGUAUACGGAGAAGGAGCUGCUGACCGAGACGUUCGCCAAACCCGUGUUUGAAUCCCGCUCCUUGGAACUCUCCUUUCUAUAUCGCGACGAGGAGGAGAUGUACGAAUCGCAUCCAAGCCGAUAUCUCAGCCACCUGAUUGGUCACGAGGGACCGGGCAGCAUUCUGGCCUACAUCAAGGAGUUGGGAUGGGCGACCGGGCUUGGUGCGGGAGGAUCAACGCUCUGUCCUGGAUCUGGGCUCUUCAACAUCAGCAUCAAACUCACCGAAGAGGGACUGAAAAACUACAGAGAGGUUACCAAGAUCGUCUUCCAGUACAUCGCGAUGAUGCGUGAGCAGCCGCCGCAGCAAUGGGUGGUCGAUGAGCUGAUGCGCAUGUCUGAGGUGUCCUUCCGGUUUAAACAGAAGGCUCCGCCCAGCAGGACCACGAGUGCUGUCGCGAGUGUGAUGCAGAAACCCUUGGAUCGAAAGCACCUCUUGAGUGGCGUCAGCGUCAUCAAGAAGUUUGACCCAGAGGCGAUCAGCGAGGCUCUGUCUUAUCUUCGGCCGGAUAACUUUAGGCUCAAGGUGGUGAGUCAAGAAUUUCCUGGCGACUGGGACCAGAAGGAGAAAUGGUAUGGCACCGAGUACAGGACGGGAAAGCUGCCCGAGGAUUUCGUUGCCGAAAUACGAGCAGCAUUCGAGAGCCCUCAGAGGCCCAAGGAGCUGCACUUUCCCCAUAAGAACGAAUUCAUUCCCCAGCGGCUGGAGGUCGAGAGGAAGGAGGUGGAAGAGCCACUCAAGACUCCCAAGCUCAUUCGGAAUGACGAAGGCUUCAGGACAUGGUACAAGAAAGACGAUCAAUUCUGGGUGCCCAAAGCGAAUGUUCACAUCUACUUCCGUACGCCCUUGGUGCAUCUCACGACCCGCACAGCAGUGCUUUCCGCGCUUUAUAGGGAUCUCGUUCAGGAUGCACUGCAGGAGUACACGUACGAUGCGGACAUAUCUGGACUAGUGUACGAGUUCAGUAACCACACCACCGGAUUCAACAUAUCCGUGGAGGGAUACAAUGACAAGCUUCAUGUGCUGCUGGAAAAGGUCCUGGUGUCGAUACGAGAUCUGGAGGUACGGGAAGAUCGCUUCAAGAUCAUCAUGGACCGAACGUUGCGCGGCCUCAGGAACUGGGAGUUCACGCAGCCAUUCCAUCAGGUUGGAUCAUACUCGAGAUGGUUGAAGUAUGAGAAACGAUAUAUGACGGACGAACUUCUCAAGGAGCUGGAAGGUAUCACCGCUGAUGAGGUCCGGAAGUUCUAUCCGCUGGUGCUCUCGCAGUUCCAUGCCGAGAUUCUUGUGCACGGCAACAUGUACAAGGAGGAGGCGCUGCAGAUUACCGAUUUGGUGGAGAAGACGAUGAGGCCGAAGCGUCUCGCGCUUAGCCAAUGGCCCACUCGACGGAAUCUGAUCCUGCCGCCGGGAAGCAACUACAUCUACGAGAAACAAUUGAAGGACCCGGCCAACGUGAACCACUGCAUUGAGUACAGUCUAUAUCUUGGCAACGCUUCGGACCGCGACCUGCGAGCCAAGAUUCUGCUCAUUGCGCAGAUGACGGAUGAACCAGCGUUCAAUCAGCUCCGCACAAAGGAGCAGCUGGGCUAUGUCGUCUUCUCUGGCGCCGUCAUCUCCGACAACUGGGCAGGGUAUCGCAUCCUGAUUCAGAGUGAGAAGGAUUGCAGAUAUCUAGAGGGGCGUAUCGAGCACUUCCUUUCCAUGUUCGAGAAGACAUUGGCAGAAAUGAGCGAAGAGGAGUUGGAAUCGCAUAAACGUGCGGUCAUCAACAAGAGGUUGGAGAAGCUGAAGAAUCUCACGGAAGAGGGAAAUCGGUUCUGGCAUCAUAUCUUCAGUGAUCGAUAUGAUUUCUUGCUUGCCGAAGAAGAUGCCAAGCACAUCGAGCCCCUGACGAAGCAGUCUCUGAUCGACACCUUUGCACACCACAUUUCUCCCGACUCUCCGCACCGGGCCAAGCUGUCUGUGCAUCUAAUUGCCCAGGCCAAGCCAAAGGAGCCGUCCACGGAGGAGCAAAAGAAGCAGGCGAUUGAUUCCUUCUCGACUAUACUAUCCGCUGAGGGGGUUGAAGUUGAUGCAGCCAAACUCUCGGCAAGAGUCAAUGAGGCGACCGAGGCGGGCUCAGCAACUGAGGAGGCCGCCGUCCUCAUCUCUGCGCUGGAAACACACAUCGAGAAGGAUCUAACCGUUGAGCAGGAGAAGAAGGGCAAGAUUCUCGACGAGGCAAGGGCAGCGCUUGGCUUAGCCAAGGUGGAAAAGAAGCUGGAGCAUCCCGCCACUACCACCGAGGUGGCAACCGAAGCCGUCGGCGAGCCGCAGCUAUCUGAGGCAGACAAGAAGACGGAGGUGCCGAAGCCGGUGCUGAUUACGGAUGUGGAUGCGUGGAGGGCGGGCUUGCUUAUGAGCCAGGCUGUCAGGCCGGUGAGGGAUUUGAACGAGUUUGCGGAAGACGUGGCGAAGCUUUGA